AUGUUCUUCGUCCGUGGAGGCAACGAAAGCGAUGGCUAUAAAUACCAACAGGAAUCUUCAAACCGUUGGACAUCAGACAAACGGAAGCAGCUUCUGAAGACACACCAACUACAGUAUAACUUUCCGAUCCACGCCUUUGCUGAUCAGCGACAGAUCACAAUGGGCGUUUUCGUAUGGUGGUGGGGUACUGCUGGAGCUUCUGAGGGCACAGGGACCGAGAUUCCCAAGGACGAAUGGUGGUGGUGGGGGACUGCUGGCACCUCAGCAGGAGGGGGGUGA